GAAUUGGAUCCUGUUUCAUCAAGAUGGUGCUGCUGGAGAGUGAGCAGUUCCUGACUGAGCUGACCAGGCUCUUCCAGAAGUGCCAGAUGUCUGGCAGCGUGUUCAUCACCCUGAAGAAAUAUGAUGGUCAAACCAGAUCCAUCCCAAAGAAGGGCUCUGUGGAGGGCUUUGAGCCUGCAGAUAACAAAUGUCUGUGGAGAGCGAUGGAUGGGAAAAGGAAGAUCAGCACUGUGGUGAGCUCUACAGAAGUGAGUAAGUUUCAGAUGGCCUAUUCAAACCUGCUGGGGGCUGACAUGGAUGGGCUGAAGAAGAGAGACAAGAAGAACAAGAGUAAGAAGGCCAAAACACCACAGUGAAGGGCUCUGGGUUCUCUGCUCUUACCAGUUAACCAACAGAUUGAUGUUUUUCCUUUUGGCCAUAAAGCUAGAUUUUUGGCUUCCCUGUGGCAACAAUUUUCAUGUGAGAUGAGGGUCAUUUUGGAGAG